CCCACCAAUGCACCCACCUGUGCCCAGCAAUGCACCCACCUGUGCCCAGCAGUGCGCCCACCUGUGCCCAGAAGUGCCACCUACCUGUGCCCACCCACCUGUGCCCAGUAGUGCCACCCACCUCUGUGUCCACCAGUGCCACCCAUCAGUGCAGCCCAGCAGUGCUGCCAGUCAGUGCCACCAGUCAGUGCCCAGCAGUGAUGUCAGUCAGUGCCACCUAUCAGUGCUGUCUAUCAGUACCCAUUAUCAGUGUCGCCUAUCAGUGCCACCAAUCAGUGCCGCAUAUCAUUGCCACCUAUCCUUGACACCUCAUUAGAGCUGCCUAUCAGUGCA